AAGGGAAAUGCGGGAGCAAGGACUGGCUCUGCUCGAGGGCUGACAGCGGGAAUGCUCUGAGCUUGGAAACGGGCUGGAUGAAACCCUUGGCAGCAGGGCAGCAAGCUGCAAGCAACAUGAAUGCUUCGCUUCUCCUCUCGCCUGGAAAUAGCUCCGUGCACCUGAAUUUUUCAGAGAAGAACUCCCCGUUCUUGCAGUUUGAAGAUGAAGAUUGCCAUGUGCCUUUGGCCAUGGUCUUCACUUUGGCCUUGGCUUAUGGGACUGUGAUCAUUCUGGGUGUCUCCGGGAAUCUGGCCCUGAUCAUCAUUAUUCUAAAGCAGAAGGAGAUGCGCAACGUUACCAAUAUCCUCAUUGUCAACCUGUCCUUCUCUGAUCUUCUGGUGACCAUCAUGUGUCUUCCCUUUACCUUCGUAUACACUCUGAUGGACCACUGGAUUUUUGGGGAGGCCAUGUGCAAGCUGAAUCCCUUUGUGCAAUGUGCCUCAAUCACUGUCUCUGUCUUUUCUCUAGUCCUCAUUGCUAUCGAGCGCCACCAGCUCAUCAUCAAUCCUCGGGGCUGGAGGCCAAACAACAGACAUGCCUACAUGGGGAUUGCUGCCAUAUGGAUUUUAGCCACAGCUUCCUCUUUGCCUUUCCUCGUUUACCAUGUGUUAACAGAUGAACCCUUCAGAAACAUAACAUUUGAUGAAUAUAAAGACAAAUAUGUGUGUUUGGACCUGUUCCCCUUGGACACUGCAAGGCUUUCUUAUACCACAACUCUUUUGGUCAUUCAAUACUUUGGACCACUUUGUUUUAUAUUUAUUUGCUACUUAAAGAUAUACAUACGAUUAAAAAAAAGGAACAACAUGAUGGACAAGAUGAGAGACAAUAAGUACAGAACCUCUGAAACCAAAAGGAUCAACAUCAUGCUGAUCUCAAUAGUUGUUGCGUUUGCAGUUUGCUGGCUGCCUCUCACCAUCUUCAACAUUGUCUUUGACUGGAAUCACGAAAUUCUGCCUGUGGCAACCUGCAGCCACAAUCUGUUAUUCCUGAUUUGCCACCUCACAGCCAUGAUCUCUACCUGUGUGAACCCAAUCUUCUAUGGGUUUCUCAAUAAGAACUUCCAGAGGGACUUGCAGUUUUUAUUUCAUUUCUGUCACUUGCGCUCCCGUGAGGAGGAUUAUGAGACUAUAGCCAUGUCCACCAUGCACACAGAUGUUUCGAAAACCUCUUUAAAGCAGGCAAGCCCAAUUGCUUUCAAAAAAAUAAGCAGUGAUGACGAUGACAAAAUAUGAAAAAGUAACAAUAAUCCUACGCCAAACGGUUAGAAGUGUGAUUACAAGUGAUGUGUGUUCAAGGACAAGCACAAUCAUGUCACAAGUACAAAAUGGAUAAAGCUUUUCUUCCUUUUUUCAAUGAACUUUGAUUGUUGUCACUUUGAAAUUAUAUGCUGUGCAUUUUUGCACCUUUUGCUGCUUUAAUGUUCACAGCGGUUCUACCUGAAUCUUAUUACAAGACAUAGUUGGACCUGCUGCUACCUAGGGUUUUCAUCAGCUAUCUUUUGUUCUGUUCUCUUUGUACAGUUAUGCACUUUAGCAUAAAGAUUUAUAUUGACUUUUUCCCAAAGGAGUAUUUUUCAGGAGUGUCCAUCUCAGAGCAUUAGAAACAAUAUGGACCACAGAGAAGCUGUUGCUACAGAGGACACCCGUGUGCAUAAAAUUAGGACGUUCUGAA